CGGAGGAAACAGCGCGUAAGGUUCAAGACUCAGUAGACCCAUAUCGGCACGAAGCGAGCGCUCGUAGCCAGCAAUUCAAUGGUGCGCAGAGUGUCCACGCGCUUUCGGAGCACUGCGCAGAUGGGCAAGGACGACCUGAACCUGAGAGGGCGGAGAGACAAGCGAUACUUAGCACAUGUGAGUUAUCGGAGUACUCCCGGGUGAACGGACGCGAUGCAGAAGGCCCGGGCGUGGAUGAGCAUUCGCUCAAGUGCAAGCCGACGGGCUCGGCAGUCGCAGGCUUGCUGUCGGAGGGAAUGGUCGGUCAAGGUCCGGUUGCAACGCAGGAACCAUCGGUGAGGCAGGCGCGCAAGGAUCGUUAUUCGCAGGACGAGUGCUACACGGACCUGAGUACAUCGCGCGGGUCUGUUCGGGCAGUCGAGGUCAAGAAGAUCUACGGCGACGGUAGCUACUACAGACGGACAGUGCGAACCAUCGCGCGCGCAGGAGAGCCGUGUCAUAUCCGCCCUCCAGCGACGCCGAGCCAGUACAUUGCGUCGGACCGAAUGGAGCGCGAAGGUUGGACGGCGAGCGUUGAGAGUCGGGCAGCUACGAACGAGAUACAGGCGAGCUCCCAGGAUGACACAUGCCGGAGGCAACGAAGAGAGCGAACGGGAUACCGAGACACGUCGGGACGAAGGGAGCACGAGGAAGCGACGCAGACGUGGGUAUGCGCGUCGACGAGCGACAUCGCCGCGGAAUACAGGAGAGUCGCAGUGAUGGGCAGUAAGCAAGCCGCGGAAGGAACAGCUAGCGAACCUCGGUAUCGGGAGCGUGCGGGCGCGGAACGGACGGACCUGGGGCUAGAUGAACGAGGUACCCAGCAUAGAGGGAACCAUGGAGAUCGGAGGACGGAGGACGGGAGCGAGAAGACGGACAGUCAAACCGCGCCGAGCGUGAGCCUCGAGACUGAUCCCUGCCGGAGGGAACGAGGCGAGACCAACGGGUUUGUGGAGUCCACAAGACGAGAGGGAGAAGAAGCCGAUUGCCAGGAUGUCCAGCGACAGGGCGCAGACCAGACGCGCGUGUCCCGAUGGUCAACGGGGAUCAGGGGCGAGAACAGACGCGCCAGUAGGCUCCGUACAGGGAACGGUUCGAUGUGGAUCUACGGGCUACAGGAGGCGAGGUACAAGACUGCCGACAGAGAGGAUGCCCGGGCUCGCGACAUCGACGCCAGCCUAGAACCCAGGGCGACGACCGCUGAAGUGCAUGGAUCAGGACUGGCGCGGUUCACCACCGGGGUACUAGCCUCUCGAGUCGCGGACAGGAUACGCGCCACCUCGUAUUCUUUCAGGUCACACAGGGGCCCCAACCGGUUCGCACGGAUAACCAUCUCUCGACACGCGCUACAGGGAGCGAUGGGUGGUAUUCGAGCGAUCGUAGGAGGUGGUCGUCACACGCGGGGACCGGUACAGCUCCGAGGCAACGAGGAGCGGAGGGAGACGACUCAGAGGCGAAUCAAGUGGAACGAGGGCUUGAGACUAGAGCACGGGCGGACGGAGGCUGGCGAAGAUCCGGAUCUACCGAAGGCGAGUACCAACAGCUCGGCACACGAUGAAGAGCGAUCCCGGGCGACCGAUGUACAGCGGACCGAUCGAGCGGGGUGCGUGCGGAAGAAGGUUGAUUGUAAGACGAGGGAAGCAGUAGAGGCCCGUGCUCAGGCGGAGGGAAGCAUGCGGACGCACCGUGCUGCGUCUAAGUGUAGCGAGGGCGGGUACGUGCCGGAGCGGCCAGAGGAAGAUUGCGAGUCCGCAGUCGCGGAUGGGCGUGAAACGGGACUACAUGCGAAUCUGGUCGCGAUCAGCCAGCAAGCCGGACCAUUCGAGGACGAAGCGGGCGUACCAGCACAGCAAAGCACGAUAGGUCGCACGAUACCAGCAUGCAGCGAGACGAGCAGGAGGAUGACCAGGGGCCAGGUCGAUGAGCAUAUGGCAGCGACGGGCAAGUACGCGCCAAGGCCGGUAUCGAGCGAUGUUCCGUUACGGCGAAACGAGGCCGAGAGAGGGGAUGUCUGCGCGGAGAGCAUGCAGUGCUGCGGCGCGAGCUUGGAACUGAGACCGGGCGGGCCCGGGGCAACCAGCCAGAGGUUCAGCUGUGGCGGUAGUGUUCCUACGACCAGGCCGCUAGGACCAGCUAACCGGCGAUUGUCGUUGGGGACGAACUCAGAUACGGGUGGGAAACACGCUGAACGUCAGGGAACAGAUGAGUACAUGCAGGGGUCAGACGUACCAUGGCGAGGACACGCAACAGAGAGCGGAGUACACGCGCAGACGAGCGGGGACUACUCGCGCUCGACAACGGACAGGACCGCGAUAUCGUGUUGGGAUGAAGGAGGGGCUAGCGGAGCAGACGACCUAGAAGUUGCUGCACGAGGGGCGGUCGAUAAGGAUGCGGUGACUCACAAGUGCACCGACCAUCGCGGGACCCUUCCUACGACCGGGCAGCGAGAACCAGCUGGGUCAGGGAUAUCGCCGUGGACGCAAGGCGGGUACACGUGGACCGAGGACGACGGAACGGACGAGCACAUGCAGGACAGCGAGUGCGCAGUAACACCCUGCAGAGGAACCCGGUCGAGGUCAGUGAGCGAACCGGCAGUCUCGUGGAAUCAAGAGGCGUACACGGGGAAUGCGCUGCGGCGGACGAGCUUGCAGACGCGCACGGCGAUACGGAGCAGCUCGCGAGCUUGGGGCAGCCGGGUAAUGGGGAGCCCGGGUUAG